AUGGCACAGCUUCUGGCUCCAUACAACAACUCCAUGCGCCUUGGUCAAGGCUUCAACUCCUAUACUCAGCAAACUUGCCUUGACCAAGCUGUUCUUCCAGAUCCAACCCUCGCUCAGUCCGAGGCAUUGAGGAAGAAAGCUGCCACGGUCAUUGAAGUCAGCCAGGCCAAGGGUGAUGCUGCCAACGCUGAAGCUGACACUGAAAGCUCAGCAUCGGAGAGCAAGCUUCUUGAAGAUGUCCGGUCUGUCAGCGAUUCCGGCACUGAUGCGGACAUCAUUGGCAAGGCACGAAGGGAAGCUUUAGGCGAGUCCAAAAAGAAUCCUGAUUCCGGGCUUGCUGUGCCUCCCUGGGUCAAGCCUCAGAUCGUCACAUAUUCAUCACGUUUUGUGGACAAGUUGAGUGAUGUGACAGAUGCGAUGAAUAUCUCCGGCUCCUUGUCAAUCAAGACCGCUACAAUUGGUGGCAAGGCCAACGGUUCUUAUGUCGACAGUGAUAAGUUCAAGUCCAGUGAUAUCAACUUUCAUCUACAGGUCAAAGUUACGAACCAGGUCGUUGAACCAGGCAACUACUGCAUUUUCAAUAAGAUCCCUCAUAUCGCACAGGAGAAAUUCAAUGAAAUCUACGGAGACACUUUUAUCUCCGGCUGGGAAUCUGGUGGUGAGCUGAAUGCUAUCAUCUCCAUGAAGAUUGCCGACAAGUCCAAAGUGUUCGAGAUCAAGGCUCACCUUGAAGCAGAGCUUACCACUCCUUCUGUAUCUGGUGCUGUCUCGGGAGAAUUUGAGAAGGCCAAAAAGGAAUCUACCAAGAAUACUGAGACAACUAUUGCCGUCAACUGGUCCGGCGGUGGCCGUAUCAAAGACCCCACCGAGGACUGGAGCAUUUCCAGCUUGAAGAAGGCGGCCGCUGCAUUCCCGGAUCUGGUUGCGAUCACACCCCAGCGCACCUAUGCAAUUUUGACUAAAUACACUGCCCUUGAGAGUUUCCAUUUGCAAACCAGAGACUUCUCGCCUCUCGAUUAUGAGAAUGCGGGUGUCUACACUGGCUCCUUGCUGGAUCACUACAUGGACUACAAGUCUCUCUGGAAGCAGAUUUCCUUUGCCUCGUACGAGCUGGAGGGCAACCGCGCCACUAUUGAGAUUGCCCAGCCUUCUCAAGAUGUGUACGACCUAGCCAAGGUCAAGGGUCCUAUGCCUGUUGUGAAAAACAAAGCGCAGAAGCUUCUUGAAGGCAGCACAAAGGGAUCUCUUGAACUUGCUAAGAAAGAGCAGGCCACUGCACCAUCCGGCGAAACUGAAGAGGAGAAGGCAAUCUCGGUUUUCCCAGGAUCAUUCGCUGGUCUGAUUCAAGCUCGCCAGGUGUGCCGCAUGGAGAUGGCGAAGAUCGUCAACGAAGUUGAUGCUGUAGCUGAGGACCCCACGAUUGCGAGUGAUGUAGCCCGCGAUUCAUACUUUUUGAACCCGUUGAUCUUCAAACAGCUCGUUCCGGUCGUUCGUUCUCUCACAGCGGAGAAUGCUAUUCUUGGGGUCAGAGACCCCAGCGCCGCAGUUAUCCUGGGCUACAGCGCCCCUGCACUUGAAGCCAGCACCGUCGUUCCCAUCUAUAAGUUGAAUGCCACAAUCGACAAGCAAAACUACCGUUUACAAGCUUCGAUUAAAGCAUGCGCAGCAAAGGCGGAGGACUACCGCAUGCACGGCACCGCUGGAGAAGUCGAACAAGUUCAUGAAAAUGCUACAAUGUUCAAUGCGUUGGAAAGACUGAACUCGACCUUCCGCCCCCAGAGCAUCGCCGUCUGGGCACCAGACAACAAAGUGCAAGGUAUCCAGAUUACCUACAGCAAAAAUGAGAUAAUGGACUUCGGAAAUUGCGACAAAAAGGUGCUACCCACCCAAACCCUCGCGCUGGACGAGAACGGGUCUGAGGUGAUUGUCGAAAUCAACAUCAUGACUGGCGUUGAUGAUGAUGGUGACAAGUAUAUUGGGGCGAUCAGCCUUGCGACAAGUGCCUGCAACACUCUGACCACAUUUACUGGAACGGAGACUGAGAAGGCAAAGCUCCAGACCGUCCGCUAUGUCCGCAAUGAUGACCAGCCAUGGAGUUUGCGCGGCUUCUUCGGCUUCGCCUAUGAGAAACGUCUGAUCAGUCUUGGUAUCGUGUGGGGCCGGGACGGAUUUGUCCCCAUUCCCAGGUUAUCUCUCGAACAACCACUGUGCAAGAAUUUACUUGGAAUGGGCGAAUCUAUGCAGAAGGAUGUCCUCGGCCACAGGGCUCGUCUACAGAACAAGAGCAAAUUUGUCAUGGGCGACUUUGUCCACACUGGCGUCCGAUCCGACAAAACAGAGAUCUUCAACGCCCUCAGCAAGGUUGACAGCACCUGGACAAUCUCUAAGCUCGGCUUCGCCACUGCGAAGAGUGAGCAGGGAAAGAACCAACUGAGUGGCCUAAAGGUGUUUUACAGCAACGGCAAGAGCUUGACCUAUGGUGCCUACCCCGACAAGAACGAGGAGGCUACUUGGGUCUGCGACGUGGAUUCACCGAUUGUGACAGCGAAGCUCGUCACCAUGAAGUCUACCGAGCAAACAUCGUCCAUUGACUCUGUUGAGUUUGUCCUUGCUGCAGAUAACCUGGGCCAGCUCCCUGGGUGGCCGCUGGAUGUCGGGACUGUGCGCUUCCUAAGCGACGGGGAGGAGCGAAACUCGACUGACCUAUCUGCAUUGGUGGAGAGUGCACCAAAGCCUGGUAGAACUAUUUGGUCCAUGAAGGGAUUUUACGGCGAGUACACUGAAGGCUUUAUCACCCAGCUUGGUAUCGUAUGGGGUCGCUCUUAA